ACUACUUCAGAUCUACGAUUUCUAUGCCAAAUUGUCAUCUAACCGUUUUCGGAUUCUGAUGCGAUUUCCUACUCACUUCAACUCCCUUUCCUUCCCGCCUCUCGCGAUUUCCUUUUCUCAUUCACCAUUUUUCUUUCUCUACUCUUUCUUUACAUAAUCAACGCUUCAAUUUUCAUUUUCUUCUGAUCGAUUAUGCUGCGUUUCUACUUAUAGUUAUACUUAUAGCCACAGAAGAAUGGCGGCAUCCAACAGGGGUCAAGGUGGAAUUCAACAGUUGCUGGCUGCUGAACAGGAAGCGCAAAGAAUUGUCAAUGCUGCGAAAAAUGAAAAAUUGGCUAGACUGAAGCAAGCCAAAGAAGAGGCUGAAAAGGAGAUUGCUGAAUAUAGAGCUCAGUUGGAGUACGAGUUUCAAAAGAAAUUGACAGAGAGUAGUGGAGAUUCUGGUGCUAAUGUCAAGAGACUUGAGCAAGAGACUGAAGCAAAGAUCCAUCACCUGAAAACUGAGGCUGGGAGGAUAUCAGGGGAUGUUGUCACCAUGCUCCUCAAGUAUGUAACAAGUGUGAAGAAUUAGAGAUAUAUUGGUGCUGUGAAGGAACUAUUGAGUUAUUAAGAAUAAUAUAAUUUCAUUUAUCUUGUUUUUAUUGGUGACUCUAGAUUCUGGUGCAGAUAAGAUUCUUGCUUUGGCUAUAAUACCCGGUACCUUGCUGCCAUGUAUUGAAAAUAAUUUCGAGUUUGUUAAAUAAUCAGUUAAAGAAUUCAUAGGCAUGCCUAUAUGCAUCACCAUUUCACCCAAGGUCUGAGGAACACUUUGUCAGUGUAUAUCGAGUAAAGCUGGAAUGAAUGGUUUAUUCUUUUAUGAACACCAUCA